CUGAUUAGAUUUGUUAAAAUUGUUUGUGGUGCACAAAAUAAAAUUCUACCAAUACCACUGUGAUCCGCACAACGACGAAUUGCAGCAUCCGCUAAAAACAACAUUAUGAUGAUCAACUGGCACGUCAACAACGUUGCUGCACACACGCAACCCGACUCCAGACCUAGAUGUUGCGUGUGGUGAUGGGUGAUCGUUUUCUCAGCAUGACUGCACCUUCCAUGUCGCUGUUGAGCCUUGACGACUAUUGUUUGGCGAAUAUAUUCAAAUAUCUCGUGCUGGAUGAGUUAAUGGUGCUAUUGGGUAAAGUUCAUCCGCGAAUCGACAACGCUAUUCAACGGCAGCUGCGCAAAUACCGUAACUUUGAAUUUUCGAUGCGUUUUCCGCCUCAAUAUGAAACAGACCAACUUCGCACGCUUGGCAAAUACAUCCAACAUAUCAACAUAAAUGUGGGCUACUCCAUAUACCAGGAGGAUGUGUUGGCCAUUCUUCGACCCCUCUGUAUGGGCGCUAAGGAAAGUGGACGUAUCAAGGGACUCAAAAUACAACAUGCCAACAUAACGAUGGAAUAUUUGGACGUAAUCCGCCUGGUGGCUCCUCUGCUGCUCGAAUUGGAUCUUCGUUGCUGUGACGUGGAGGACUCUGAUCAAUUGUCGCUACUAUUAAAUUCGGCAUCACAACUAAAGAUGCUGGCACUAAACAACAAGGAUGUGAUAGGUCUGGAAGCAACGCUGCUUAGUCGGCUGCGCAUCUUACAAAUUAAUUGGGUAGUGGGAUCAAAUCUUUCGUACGUCACUACAAUCAGCCAUCUAUUUCCAUUUCUGAAAGUUGCUGUAUACCAGGGUAAUUUAGAGACCCUAUAUUUGCCCUAAUAAACGUAUCAGUGUGGAAGUAUAAAAAUGUACU